CAACAUAGGCCACCGCAUUAUUUUCUUCCCCUUUUCCUUCAUUUUCAGAUUACUUCAAACGACAGCUAUCGAUCGCCCUUUUGUGCUGACCAAAAAACAAUGGGGGAUCAAAUCGCAAGAGGUGAAGAUUUCGAGAAGAAGGCAGAGAAGAAGCUGAGCGGAUGGGGCCUUUUUGGCUCCAAACACGAAGACGCCGCUGAUCUCUUCGAUAAAGCUGGCAAUUGCUUCAAACUCGCCAAAUCAUGGGAUCAAGCCGGAGCAGUAUAUGUUAAAUUGGCUAAUUGUCAUCUUAAGUUGGAUAGCAAACAUGAGGCUGCUAAUGCUUAUGCUGAUGCUGCUCAUUGCUACAAGAAGUCAAACACUAAAGAGGCAAUAUCGUGUUUAGAGCAGGCAGUGAACAUGUUUCUGGACAUUGGGAGGCUAAGUAUGUCUGCAAGAUAUUACAAGGAAAUUGCUGAAUUAUAUGAGCAAGAGCAAAACUUGGAGCAGGCCAUCAGUUACUACGAGAAGGCAGCUGAUCUUUACCAGAGUGAAGAUGUGACAACAACUGCAAAUCAGUGCAAGCAGAAAGUUGCACAAUUCUCUGCUCAAAUAGAAAAAUAUCCGAGAGCAAUCGAGAUCUUUGAGGAGAUUGCACGUCACUCAGUCAAUAACAACUUGUUGAAGUAUGGAGUUAGAGGGCAUCUUCUUAAUGCUGGCAUUUGCCAACUUUGUAAAGGUGAUGUUGUUGCAAUCAACAAUGCAUUGGAGCGAUAUCAGGAGCUGGAUCCAACAUUUUCAGGGACGCGCGAAUGCAAAUUGCUAGUGGAUUUGGCAGCUGCAAUUGAUGAGGAAGAUGUUGCAAAGUUCACUGAUGCUGUGAAAGAGUAUGAUAGCAUGACACAACUGUAUUCUCUCUGUUGGAGUAUAUCAAAAGGCAUGUUUAUCUGAAGGAGACCUAGAUUCUUUGCAAGUUAUGGUAUACGGAAGUGGAUGCAAUUGAGGACUAGAGACGGUGCACUGAACCCUGAUUUUUUAUUUUUUAUUUUUAUAAAAAAAUAUUGAUUUUAAGGAGGGUAUAGGGUAUGAUUGUCAGGAGAAACUUGUAUGAGAAGACGGUGCAGGUUUUAUUAUUUAUGGGCAGUAGAUGCAUCGGAGUACAGAAGUAGCUUUACUGACCUUCAAGCUUGACUUAAUGCAUUGGCAUUUGUAUUUGAAAGCAGAAUUUGACAUGUGCAGUGGCUAUGCAAGUGCUACACAUAGUAAUGGUGCCUGAGGCUGCUGACUCGAUAAAACAAUAGAAUUCAUUUGCUUAUCUGGUUUUCUAAAAAACACUCAAUCUUGAAGUUAUCUAUAAGUUGGUUUAAUUCUUUUUGUUA